CUAUUAUCAGGACUUUGCAUAGUGGAGAAAUUAUCAAACACAACCAGACUUACACCCUUGAGCCAGAAAGUGAAAUUUCUACCACUGUAGAAGAUUACAGUUCUGAGGAAGAAGAAUUUGGAGUUGGAGAGAUUUGUUCUGAGCAUGGAAUGCAGCACUCUCACAUGCAGCUAGAGGUGAUGGAGAAUGAAUUGGCUGGGAAACAGCAAGAGAUUGAAGAGCUAAACAGAGAGCUAGAAGAAAUGAGGGCAGCAUAUGGUACAGAAGGAUUGCAACAGCUACAAGAAUUUGAAGCUGCUAUCAAAAAAAGAGAUGACAUUAUCACUCAGCUCACUACUAACCUACAGCAGGCACGGAAAGAAAAGGAUGAAACUAUGAGGGAGUUCUUAGAGUUAACUGAACAAAGUCAAAAACUGCAAAUUCAGUUUCAGCAUUUGCAGGCAAGUGAAGCCCUAAGGAACACCAGCCAUAGCUGCACAGCUGCUGAUUUAUUGCAAGCCAAGCAACAGAUACUUUCACAUCAGCAGCAGCUAGAAGAACAAGAAUGUCUGCUGAAGAAUUAUCAAAAAAAGAACAAAGAAUUUGAAGUGCAGAUUACAUGUCUUCAAGACAAAAUUACAACAUAUGAAAUGGAAAAACACAAAAACGAGGGAGAAGAUUUGAGUAAACUACAAGAAAAAGAAGCAUUAGUUGAAAAGCUGGAAACAAAACUUGGAGAAGAAGAAAAAAAUUCAUUUCAACUUAAGGAAAAAUUAUCAGAUGUCAGUAAACUACUUGAAGAAUCGAAAGAACAGAUUUCUCUAAAGAACCAGGAGAUAAGUAAUAUGAGAGUUGAACUUACCACCUACAAACAGAAAGAAAGACAAUGUUCUGAUGAAAUAAAACAAUUAAUGGGAACUGUGGAAGAAUUGCAGAAACGAUGUUAUAAAGACAGCCAGUCUGAAGCUGACAUUGUGCAAAGAAUGGAAUUAGAAACACAAAGGAGACUGGCACAACUUCAGGCUGAAUUAGAUGAAAUGCAUGGCCAGCAGAUUGUACAAAUGAAGCAAGAAUUAAUGAAGCAACAUGCAAUGGAAAUAGAACAGCGUCUUUUACAACAAAAAGUAGAAUUGGAGAAAACUUCAAGUCUGUCUUUGAAUGAGAAUGUUAAUAAAGAUCAAAUGCAUUUAAUGAAUAUUAAAAUUAAUGAAUUGAAUGUGAAACUGCAAGAUGCAGAUAAUGAAAGGGAAAAAAUAAAGCAAGAAUUGUCACAACAAGUGGAGGUAAUUUCAGCAGAGAAGUCUCUUCAACAAACUAAAAUUGAAGAUCUUUUCCAAGAACUGAAUUUUUCAAGAGAGCAGGUUCAAAGAGCCAAACAAACUAUAGUGGAUUUGGAAUGUAGAUUAAAUGAAGCUGAAAAGUACCAUUUUGUGAUUGAAGAUUUAGAAACUCAGCUGGCUUCUGCCUCUGAAUUAAGGAAGGAAUUGGAAUUAAAACAUGAGGCAGAAGUCACAAAUUACAAAAUAAAACUUGAAAUGCUAGAAAGGGAGAAGGAUGCAGUUUUGGACAGGAUGGCAGAAUCUCAAGAAGCAGAAUUAGAGAGACUGAGAACAAAGCUUCUGUUUAGUCAUGAAGAGGAACUUUCCAGACUUAAAGAAGAUUUACAAAAAGAGCACAUGGUCAACAUGGAAAGCCUUAAAGAUAACUUGAAUAUGCACCAUAAACAGCAGUUAGAUGAGGUACAAAAUGAAAUGAGUCAAAAGAUAGAAGCCAUGCAAUGUGAAAAGGACAACUUAAUCACAAAGCAAAAUCAGUUGAUAGUAGAGAUUUCACGCUUAAAAGAUUUACAGCAGUCUGUUGUAAAUUCUAAAUCUGAAGAAAUGACACUUCAAAUCCUUGAGCUGCAGAAGGAAGUUGAAGUGCUUAGGCAAGAGGAAAAAGAGAAAGGUACCCUUGAACAAGAAAUUCAAGAGCUUCAGCUUAAAACUGAGUUGAUGCAAGAACAAAUGAGGGAAAGAGAAGAUAGCCUUCAAAAAAAAUGUUCAGAACUUGAAACACAAAAUAACCUUCUUAAGGGGGAAAACAAAACUCUUGAAGAGAAGUUAAAGACUGUGUUGGUAAGCUCUGAAGAAAAUGUAAUUUUUAACAACAGUGUUAGCUCUAAGUCAGAAGUUUUUGACUUGCAAAAAAGAAUAGAAAAGCUGAUUACUGAAAAUGAGGAACUUAAAAAACAAAACAGUCAACUCCAAGAGGAUACUGAAAGGCAGAAGAGUUCCUUUUCAUUUACUGAAAAAAACCUUGAAGCUAGUUAUAAAGAGCUGCAGAAAGAAUGUGCAAGUCUUCUGAAGGCAAAAACUGAGUUAGAAGAGAACAAAAAUAAGCAGGAAACUGAGUAUAAAAACAAACUCAAAGCUUUGAAUGAAAAGCUUCACCACUUAGAAAGCAAUAGACUGGUUUUAUUUAAAACUAAUAUUUCUGGUUUUGAAGGGAGUAAAGAAAUCAAGGUGUCCAGGGCAGAUGCAUCUGAGUCUGGAGAAGUUGUAGAGAAAGAUGCAACGGAACUUAUGGAAAAACUUGAGGUUACUCAGCGUGAGAAGCUGGAAUUAUCCCUCAGACUUUCUGAUCUUUCUGAACAGUUGAAGUUAAAGCACAGUGAAAUUUGUCAUUUGAAUGAAAAAGUUGUAUCCUUAAAAGAUGAGAAAGAACAAGUUCUAGCAAAAUGUAAAGAACUAGAAGUCAUAAUUAGCCAUGCUCAGAGAGGAAAUAGUAGUAGUAAUGAACCGAAGACAAAAUACUCUAAAGGAAAAGCUCUGAAGACUGCUGCUCCAGCGUCAGAAAGUAGAAUUAAAACCCUUGAUUCAAGGAAUAAAGUUGAUGAAGGAAUAAAUGUAAGAGGAAAUCUAGGUUCAGGUAAAGAUAUCAGUCAUGAAGUAACAAAAAGAAAGGAAGUUCAGCAAGUGUUGAAGCCAGAACAGCAGUCUCUUGUAGAACAUUUGCAUGGGGUGACAGACAAGUUGACAGAUGAAGCAUCGUUAAUAGCCAUUACACAGAGCCAGAAUAAUAAUCUUCAGCAACAAGUGGAUGCAUUAAAAUCAGAACAGACUGAUUUACAGCUACAACUGGAAGCACAGCGCAUUUGCCUGUCCCUGGUUUAUUCAGCUCAUGUAGACCAGGUUCGUGAGUACCUGAAAGCAGAAAAAGAGAGUGCACUUUGCAGUCUUAAAGAGGAGCUUGUACAUAGUCAUCUACAAGAGAUGAAUGAUCUUAAAAAAAUGCAUCAGCUGGAGCUUCAGACCUUGAAAAUUCAACAAGCAGAUGAUGAAGUCAAAUCUACACAAAGACUUAUAGAAAAGCUGAAUGAAGCUGUAACUGAGGAAUGUUCUAGGCUUGCUCAGGUUUUGUGUGACAAUCAGAGUGAACAUUCUUCAGCUGCUGUAGAAGUUAGCAAUAGGGAACAGAAUCUUUUCUGUAGACCUGCUACUCUGAAGGAAAAACUGAGUGUAGAAUUACCGAUACACAGAGGUCAAGCUCAAGCUGUACAAGAACGUAUGGAUGCACUUUUACACAAGAUAAUGGAAGAAUAUAGUAGGCUGAAAGCACUUCAAACACAGCUGAUGAAGGAUUGUAAAAAGGUCGAAGAUCCAUGGCUAUCUUCUUCAGAAAGGAGGAAAGAAGAACCACCUAGCCAUCUUGAAACAAGAAAGGAAUGUCUGAAGAUCCCUUCACAGGGUAUAAUGGAUCCUACGAUUCAAGAAUACUGUUCAAGGGAGAUAGGGAACCUUAAAACACAACUUGAAGAACAGCAUGCUCAAGAACUGGAACACCUCCGGUCCUAUUUCCAACAGCAGCUGAAAGAAAGUGAAGAGAGGUACACUACAGAGAUCAUCCAUCUGCAGGAUAAGCUUCAGAGUGCUGGGGUGUCCUCUGACCACACAAGUGUAUCCACAGAAUCGGAAGUAAAGCUAAAAGUCUUCAGGAAACUGAAGUGCGCUGAAAAUCUUCAUCAGCAAAGAACAGAUGAAGCACUGGAGCGUGCUAGUGAAAUUGAAAUGCAGAAUGAUCUGGACGUUAUUCAAUUGCUAGAAAAACAGUAUCAAGAAAGAUUAGAAGAAGAAAUAGCAAAGGUAAUUGUGUCAAUGAGUGUAGCAUUUGCCAAACAGACUGAAUUGUCAAGAAUUGCUCGGCAGAAGGAAGAAGCAGCACAAACACAGAUUGUACAUCAACAGGGAAUGCAUUUUGAAAUUAAAAAGCAAUGUAGUGAAGAAGAGAUUGACAGCCCUUUUAGAAAUGCAACAGAAAAAGGCAGCAAGCAUGAAGAAGAAUCAAAAUCACUUUGCAAGGAACUCAGUGAAGAGUCUGCUGAGAUCAACUCACUUGGAGAAGAGCUUCAUUCCAAUAGCAAGCCUGGAUACAUACUAGGACAGACAACUCCUGAUCACAGAGUGAUUUCUGAAGAACUUUUUUCCCAUGUCAAAGGGCUUACUGCAGAAGAAACACCGUGCUACAGUGAGAUGGUGACAUCAGACAGAGAAACAUCAAGUCAACUGUUGUUAUACGAGGAGCGUUUGGAAGACAUGCGACAGGAGCUAGUACGGCAGUGUCAGGAACAUCAGCAGGCAACAGAAUUACUGAGACAAGGGCACAUGCAGCAAAUGGAACGUCAGAAAGAAAAUCAAGAGCAACUCUUAGCAGAGCUUGAGAGUCUUAAAGUGCAAUUAGCUGAGCGUGUCUCAAUGGAGAAUGACAGCCUGAUGGCAGAGAGAGAGAGAAUGCUUUUAGAAGAACUGGAAUCGUUAAAAAAACAUUAUGUACCUGGAAAAGAGAGGCUGUUUUGUGAGCUACAAAACAACAGCACACAAACAGAGAAUGAAAAUGAAAACCAAAAUGAUGUGAGAGAGCAGAUCUUUGAGGAUGAAGAUGGAGGAAGAAAGCCUGAUGAAACAUCUUCAGCUCUUCUUUCUAAAGAAAGGCAUGUUCUUCAGAAGGCUAAUGAGAAACUCAUGAAGAUUCUUUUAGAAGUUGUGAAGACAACUGUGGCUAUGGAGGAGACAAUCGGUCGCCAUGUUCUUGGGUUACUGGAUCGGUCUGGGAAAGUCCAGCCUUCCAAACCAUCUGGAUGGGACACAGAGACAGAGGACUCAGUAAAACCCUGUAUCCGUGUGGGAUAUGAAAAAGAGUCCUGUUCCUCAUAUCAUGGUAGUAGUAUGGGAGAUGAUGAUAUUAACGUGUGGUCAGGAGCAACGGAUGAAGGACUACUGAGCCAGCAUCUUGCAGAAAGUGGAGUGGAAAUAGAUCCUGAAAAUGAAGAACUUGUUCUCAAUAUUAGUUCUCGACUACAAGCAGCUGUUGAAAAGCUUCUGGAAGCUAUCAGUGAAACUUCUAAUCAGCUUGAACAUGCUAAAAUUACUCAGACAGAACUCAUGCGAGAGUCUUUCAAAAAGCAACAAGAAGCCACAGAAUUUAUCAAGUAUCAGGAAGAACUACAAGAGCGUCUUAAUGAGGAAACCAAAGCCAGAGAGCAGUUGGCUUUGGAGCUUAGUAAAGCUGAAGGCCUCAUUGAUGGUUAUGCAGAUGAAAAAGCAUUUCUGGAAAAACAACUCCAGGAAAAAAUAGAUGUAAUUGACCAUCUUGAGCAAGAACUACUGUGUACAGGUAACAAAUUGCAGGAGUUAGAGGCUGAACAGCAGCAGAUCCAGGAAGAAAAGGAGUUGCUCUCCAGACAGAAGGACGCCAUGAGAGCAGAUGCGGGGCCAGUAGAGCAGCGCCUAGUAGAUGCUGCAGUCGAUGCAGCUUCCCAAGCAGAAUUGCUGGAGGAAACAGAAAAGCUAAUGAAAGAAAAAAUUGAAGUACAGCGUCAAGCUGAAAAAGAGUAUGAUGACCUUCAGAAGCAAGUGAAAGUCUUGGAAAUAGACCUGGAAGAACAGGUCAAUCGGUUCAUAGAACUAGAGCAAGAAAAAAAUGCAGAACUAAUGGACUUAAGGCAGCAAAACCAGGCUUUGGAGAAGCAACUUGAGAAAACAAGAAAAUUUCUAGAUGAGCAAGCAAUUGACCGAGAGCAUGAGAGAGAUGUAUUCCAGCAAGAGAUACAGAAGCUGGAACAACAGCUUAAGAUUCCCCAAAGGAGUCAGCCUGUUAAUGAACAUCAAACCAGAGAGGUUGAACAGUUAACAAAUCAUCUGAAAGAAAAAACAGACAAAUGCAGUGAGCUUUUGCUCUCUAAGGAGCAACUUCAGAGAGAUAUACAAGAACGAAAUGAAGAAAUUGAGAAACUGGAAUGCAGGAUCAGAGAACUGGAACAAGCCUUAAUCAUCAGUGCAGACAACUUGCAAAAGGUGGAGGAAAGGAAACAGUUUGGCACCAUCAUAGUAAAGGGAGAAUUACCUCUUGAAGUACAACUGCAAGCUGAGCGAGAAGCUGUGGACAGAAAGGAAAAGGAGAUCACGAACCUUGAAGAACAACUGGAGCAGUUUCGAGAGGAGCUAGAAAAUAAAAAUGAAGAAGUUCAGCAGUUGCACAUGCAACUAGAAAUUCAGCGAAAGGAGUCCACUACGCACUUGCAAGAACUUGAACAAGAGAACAAAUUAUUUAAGGAUGAAAUGGAAAUACUGGGACUAGCCAUCCAGAAAUCAGAAGAUGCCACCAUAAAGGACCAUCAUUUAGUGGCUGGGAGGCUUGCUCACAUCAUGCAAGAAAAGGAGCAGGAAAUAGAUCAUCUUCAUGAACAAAUUGCAAAACUGCAACAGCAACUUGAAGUCACAACUGACAACAAAGUUAUUGAAGAGCAAAAUGAGCAUAUACAGGAGCUUGAAGCCCAGGUAGAAUGUCUGAAAAGUGAUCAAGAACGUGUGAAGAAAAAAAAUGAUGAGGAAGUAGAGCAGUUGAAUGAUGUAAUUGAUAAGCUUCAGCAGGAACUGGCAAAUAUUGAACAGAAAGUACCUGCAGACAUUGCUGCUUUUCAGGAAGAUGCUGAUAGUCUGAAACACACACUUGAAACAGUCCUGGCGGAAAAGGAAGCUUUGAAAAAGCAAGUAGAAAACGUAAAUGUAGAGGCAUCUCGAACAAAGAAUGAGCUUGAGGAAACUAAGUUAAAAAUGAACCAGCUAAAGGAAGAAAUAAGUAUGUUGAAAAAAGAGCAUGAAAGCAUAACAGAGAAAAAUAAAUAUGCACUAAUGAAAGAUGUUAGGGAAAAAGCAGAAGAUAGGAGCGAUAGGAAAACUGAAAAAGUGGAAGAAGGCUUAUGUGAGAAGAUAGAGUUACUAAGCCAAUCCCAGCUUAGGUCUUCAGAUGAGAAUAUAAGAGUCACCAUUAGCAAGAUGGAGGUACAACUGCAGCAACUUCAGGCAUGCAUUAAGGAAAAAGAUUUAGAACUGUGCCAGUCCUACAAUGAAAUAAAAGUCCUGAAAGAGCAAGGCAAAGCUGAAAGAGAAACACUUAAAAAGAGGAUAUUAGAACUGGAAAAAACACUAGUGGAAAAAGUUGCUGCUGCUCUUGUGAGUCAGGUUCAGCUGAAUGCCAUUCAAGAGCAAAGGAAAUUCGUGCAAGAAUUUCAAGAAGCUUCAAAAUGUGUGGAGGAAGCAAGCAGGAAUGCCCAAACAGGGGGUUUGAGUGAUAGAACUGAAAAUGAGAUGGAGUCAAAAUUAUCACUCUUAACACAGAGGCUUAGGGAGAUGGAGGACCAACUGGCAACCGUAAAUCAUAACUUGGAGCUAGAAAAACAAAAUGUAGAAGUUGCACAAAAGGAAGCUAAAGUGAAAGAAGAAAGACUCUUAGAACUUCAGCAGUUACUAGAAGAGGUUCAAGAAAAACACAAAGGAGAGAUUCAGAAAUACAUUAAGCAAGAAGAAAGGCAGUCAUGUCAGGUAGGAGCACAACUCAUAGAAAGUCAGAAAGAAAAUGUGCUUAUUAAUGAACUUGAACUAGAGCAAAUUAAAGAAGAGGCAGCUGCUGCAAAGGAAGAACUGAGCAGUUACAGAGAAAAGGCAGAAAAACUUCAGCAAGAGCUAGCAGUAAAAGAAGCAAGCCUGAUGCAUCUUCAGGAAGACCUGUGCAAAGUCAAAAAGAACCUAGCUCAAGCAGAAGAGAGGCUUGGAAGUUAUAUGAGAAAGGACAAGGAAAUGGCAAAAACUGAAAGCAAAAAGGAUGCAGAAAUAUUGUGUGAUUUGUCAACUAGUGAGUCUACUCUAAUUAGAAGCAGCUCACCAUCGCAAACAGACAGCUGUAUCCAGACUUCACCAGUGCUUGUUAAAAAUGCGGAAAUCCAGAUAGAUUUGCAAAAUGGAUGUUCUUCAGAAGAAAUUGCAGAGAUCAUAAGAGAAUUUACUGAAAAAAUUGACCAAAUGCAAGAACUCCACGCUGCUGAAAUCAUGGACAUGGAGACAAGACAUAUCUCUGAAUCUGAAGCAUUAAAGAGAGAGAGGUUUGUUGCAGUGCAAGCGUUGACUGAAGAAUGUAAUACAUUAAAGGAAGUCAUAGAAACUCUACAAGCUAAAGAGGGAAUCCCAGUUUCUGGAUUAGCACGUUCUCCACCAUAUCAAGCUAGAGAUGGAGGAUCUAGUGACUCCAGUUCAGACUGGAGUCAAGGAAUGUAUCUUGCUCAGACCCAGGGAUCUGACAUUAUAUCUGAAGGAAUAGAUGAAGGUGAAACUUCAACAGAUUUACUUCCAAAAAAGAUUAAGGGUUUGCUGAGAGCAGUUCAUCAUGAAGGCAUACAGGUGCUGUCUCUCACUGAAUUUCCAUAUGGUGAAAGAGAGAUGCCACCUCUUAAGCAAGAGCCAGAAUCUUGGCUUGAGGAAAGGAAAGCUUUUCUAAGCACCAUUUCAUCUUUGAAAGACCUUAUUGCAAAAAUGCAACUUCAUAGAGAAGCUGAGAUUUAUGCAGGUACUGAAUCUCCUGAAGGUGUCUCAGACUGGCGAGGAGAACUUCUGCGUGCUAUUCAACAGCUUUUUGUGAGAGAACAAAAUGUUCUUCUUGCUGCGUUUCAAACUGAACUUGCGGAACUGGGUACAAGAGACGCAGUGGUAUUGAUGAAUCAGUUAGAGCACAGACUACAAGAGCAGGCUACUAACCAGAGGGCAGCAAUGGACUGUCUUCAGAAUGCAGACAGAAGAAGUUUGUUGAUGGAGAUUCAAGUUUUACAUGCUCAGAUGAACAGUAAGAAAAAUAAUCCAAAGAGAGAACAAGAGUUUGAUUCAAAAAGCCAAGGUGACUUCCCUGAAAUGCUGGAGUAUAAUAUGCAGCAGAAGCAGUCACAGAUACUGGAGAUGCAGGUGGAGCUCUGCAGUAUGAAGGACAGAGCAGCUGAGCUUCAGGAACAGCUGAAUUCAGAGAGAAUGAUGGGUGCUGAGCUGAAGAAUGAACUUGCACAAGCCAAACUGGAGCUUGAAGCAACCCUUAAAGCACAGCACAAGCACUUCAAGGACCUAGAAACCAUCAGAACUGAAGUUAAAGAAAAAGCAGCUGAGCUAGAUAUUCUCAAGGAUACAAUGGCCUGUGAACAGAAAAAAUCAAGAGAGCUACAGUGGGCUUUGGAAAAGGAAAAAGCUAAAAUGGAACGCAGUGAGGAAAGAGGAAGAGAAGAGCUUGAGGAUUUAAAAUUUUCACUUGAAGAUCAAAAGCAAAAGAACUUACAGUUAACUAAACUUUUGGAGCAAGAGAAACAGCUGUCAACUGAUCUGCAACAGAAAAUUGAAUCCCAAGAAGCACUCAGUGCUGCCCAGCUGUCACGUGAACGAGGCCGUAAUUCUGAGUUGCAGGUGCUUCUUGAAUCAGAGAAGGUUCGAGCUCUCGAAAUAAGCAGUGCCCUUGAAAGGGAAAAAGAGCUAUGUGCUCAGCUUCAAAGUGCUGAAGAUAAGGGACAAGCUGGAACACCUAAUCCAUCAGAGGAAUUACUUAAAGAGCUACAGAAACAAAUGGAUGAAAAGCAUGACCGUAUAGUGGAGUUAGUAAGUGAGAUGGAGAAGUAUAAACUGGAAUCUGUGCAAGUGAGACAGCAAAUGGAAAAAGAAAGGCAGAUCCAGAGGAAAACAUUACAAGCAGAACAGGAUGCUAACAUAACAGCACAGAAGAAACUCCAUGAACUGGAGUCCAAAGUAGAAGACCUUCAGUGGCAACUUGGAGAAAAGAAGCAAGAAGUUAAUAAAUUAGGGAAUGAAACAAAGAAGUUGCAGGAAAUAAUCCAAGAACUACAGAAGAAAGAGCAGGAUAAUGAAGGAAGAAGGGAAGCCCAAAGGACACCAAGCCACAAUCCAAAUGAGACUGUCUGGGAUACACCUAAUGACAGAACAAGAAAUUGGGUUCUCCAGCAAAAAAUGGAAGGAGCUGAGACAAAUGAAUCAACCUACCCCACACUGACAGGAGGAGAUCUCUCUGCUGCUACUGAAAUUCUGGAGAAUGUCAGACAGAAGCUGCAAAAUGCAUCUCCAAAGCUGAAGCAGCUGGCUCGGAAAGCUGCGAGCAGAUUACAGUUUGAAACAGCAGAUGAUCAAGACUUCAUUUCAAUACAAAAUGCUAUUGAAGAAGUUAUUUCGGAGCUGAAAAAACUCCCUGGAUUGUCCUAUCUGGAAGAGCUGAAGCUAGUGCUACCACCAGGGACUCCAUCUAGCUCAUUGACUGAGAGGCUGCUGAAACAAAAUGCUGAGCUAACGGGCUUUGUCAGCAGACUGAGUGAAGAAAAGAAUAAUUUGAGGAAUGCUGUUAUGAAACUGGAGGGAGAACUGAGAAAAUACCAGCACAGACAACCUGGAGACUAUUCUUCUAGACACUCAUCAGAUGUUGGAGUUAAUAUCGAUACUCUUGUUGCCUCUGAGAAGGAAAUUUGGAACAGAGAAAAGCUGUCACUGCAGAAAUCUUUGAAACAAGCUGAUGCGGAGCUGUCCAAGCUGAGAGCAGAGCUCAGGAGCGAGGCUUUUCUCAGAGAACUGGGAUCAGAUUCUGAAAAUGCUAUUUUAAGGAAAAUUUAUGGCAAAUACCUACGAGCAGAGAGCUUUCGGAAAGCUCUCAUAUACCAGAAAAAGUAUUUGCUGCUGUUACUAGGCGGAUUCCAGGAGUGUGAAGAAGCCACACUGGCCCUCAUUGCACGAAUGGGUGGACAGCCUUCCUACACAGAUCUUGAAAUCAUCACACAUCAUUCAAAGGGUUUUACAAGAUUUCGCUCUGCAGUCAGAGUGUCCAUUGCAAUUUCAAGAAUGAAGUUCCUGGUUCGUCGAUGGCACAGAGUUACAGGUUCUGGUAUAUUAAGUAUCAAUAGGGAUGUCUUUAGCCAGAACACAGGUAAUGAAUUACGGCCUGAUUCAUUCUCUGGUGGCAUGGAUCUUUAUGGAGAACAAAGGCAUUCCUACAGAUCCAGGUUCCACGGUACACAUGCUGAUUUAAACCCAGUCUCUUUUGCCUGUUCUCAACUGCAGAACUAUGAUCCUGAAAGAGCUUUAACAGAUUACAUAAAUCGGCUGGAGGCACUACAAAGGCGACUUGGCAGUGUGCAGUCAGCUUCGACUUCAUACACUCAGUUGCACAUGGGUAUGAGAAGAUAAUACCCUUUCAACAUCUCCAUCACUGGCAGUGAUGUUCAUGGAAUGCCUUCUGUAAAUCUGUGCUCUUUCUGUGCUUUUGUAUAAUGUGUAUAUUGUGGGACCAAUAUGGACACAGCUAGAUGAUUGUAUACAGUUCCAUCCUGGCAUACCCAUGCAGACUGGGAUUUAUGUAUAUAGGCAUUUUGUGUUCAGGAAAAAAAAAAACCCAAAAAUGAGAAAAAACAAA